AUGGGGAAAGGUGAGGGCAGGGGGGGUGGGGGGGGGGGGGGUGGUGGGGGGGGUGGGCAGCAGGGGGGGGGGGGGGGUUGGGGGGGGGGGAGAGGGGGAGGGAAUGUGGGUUGUGGGGGGGAGGCGCUGAGGGAGGCUGGGGGAGGGGGGGGGGGGGGUGGUGGGGGGAGGGGGGGGGGGUGGGUGAGGGGGGGGUGGGAGAGGGGGGGGGGGGGGGGGUGGGGGGGGUGGGAGGUGGGGAGGGGGGGUGUGUGGGAGGCGGGGCUGGUUGGGUUGGUAGGGGGGGGGGGGGGGGGGGUUGGGGGGGGGGGUUUUGGUAGGGUGUGGAGCGGGGGGGUUGGGGGGGGGGGGGGGGGUGGAGGGGGGGGGGGGGGGGGUUGGGGGGGGGGGGGGGUGGGGUACGAGGGGGAGGGUGGAGCGGGGGUGGGGCGUGGGGGGGGGGGAUGGGGGGGUGGGGGUGAUAGGGGUGGGGGCGUGGGGGGGGGGGUGGGGGGGACAGGGGUGAUGGGGGUGGGGGGGGGUGUGGGGGGGGGCGGGAGGGUGGGGGGUGGGUGGGGUGGGGGGGGGGUUGCGGGGGGGGUGGAGGGAGGGGGGGGGGCGGGGGGGGAGGGGGGGGGAUUUGGGGGGUGGGGGGGAGUGGUGGGUGGGAGGGGUGGGGAGGGGGGGGGGGUUGGGUGGGUGGAUGGGGAGGGGUGUGGAAGUGCGUGGGGGGGUGAGGGGGGGAGGGGUGGAGGAGGGGGAGUGGGAUGGGUGAGGGUUGGUGGGGUGGGUGGGAUGGGCAUGGGGAGGGGGGGGUGUGAUGGGUUUUGGGAGGGGGAGUGUGGGUGGUGGGUUGGGGGGGGGGGUGGGGUGGGGAGGGAGUGGGGCGGGGGGGGGGGGUGGGGGGUGGGUGGUGGGGGGUGGAAGGAGGGUGGAAGGUGGGGGGGGGGUGUGGGGGGGGGGGUGGUCGGGGGGGGCUGGGGGGGGGGGGGGGGGGGGGCGGGGGGUGGGGGGGGGGGGGUGGGGGGGGGGGGGAGAGGGUGGGGGGCUAGGGGGAGGUUUGUGGGGGGUUGGGGGGGGGUGGUGUGUGGGAGGGUGGAGUGCGGGGGGGUGAUUGGGGUGGUCUGUGGCGUUGGGGUUGGGGGGUGGGGGGGGGUUGGUGGGUACGAGAUGGAGGGAGGGUAG